AGUAUACCCUAGCUUCAUUCCAACUAUCUCCAUCAAUUGCUCCUACUGUAUUCGCUUCUCCCGCUCUAUUUUAGACUGAAGCCAGCUCAUAACCUAGGUAUCUCUUUGACUGAUCGUUCAGCUUGCGUUAGAACACUAUCCCUUGUGUUGCUGGCCUUCACACUCAGUGCGUCUUAUUCAAAGAACAUGAGCAUGGCCAAAGGCGUGCAUCACGAUUCAGAGUCGAAGGGGUCGACUGACCUGAGCGACCUUCAGAAGAAGGAGCUGACGGACGCGUUUGCGAGAAUCGACAAGGACGGCGACGGCGUGAUUACAGCGGAGGAGCUGGCGACGGCGCUGAAUCUCAUCGGCGUGUCGGCGUCGGAGGACGUGGUGUCGUCCAUGAUGCGCGAAGGGGACUUCGACGGCAACGGCAGCGUCAACUUGGACGAGUUUCUCGCGCUGAACGCCAUGGCGGAGCGACUAGGAGGCGACGUGUCGCGGUCGGUGCUGAAGGACGUGUUUCAGGUGUUCGACGCGGACCACAACGGCGUCAUCUCCGCCGACGAGCUCUUCCGCGUGAUGGCGAGCGUGGAGGGCGGCGGGGUGACGCUGGAGGAGUGCAAGCGCAUGAUCAGCAGCGUGGACACGGACGGCGAUGGCUUCGUGGAUUUCACGGAGUUCGAGAAGAUGAUGAUGGCGCAGAACGUCGUCAGGCACGUCGCCUGCUGAACGUCAUGCGCCACGUCGGCUGACACCGCUUUCGCACCAAUAAGGAGCAUGUGCUCAUAGGUGUCCGAGCACGGCGCCCAUCAUAAGCCGCUGCCUUGGUAGCCCUUCGAUGCAGCCUCAGCUUGCAAGGGCUCUCUAUCAGGCGGCACGUCGCACUUGUAUGUACGCCAUCUGUCGAUCGUUCAUUUCCAUUAUGGAAAGACCUUACAAUACAAGCAUUUGAGACGAUAUGUGAAGCCCUGCUGCGAUGCAUGUUUUGGCAUGUCCAUGAGCGCCUAGCGCGUCGGGCUGGUAUGCGUGAGAGGAGAUAUGCAGCUUCUGACCUCACUUGAAGGGAACACGAUGGUACACCGGUCACCCUAGGCAAUAGAUGAAAUCAAAUACGCCGUGGAAGGGGUGGUGAAAAGAGAGGUGAUGGGUAGAAUGGUGGAAAGGGACACACGGGAAGCAGUUCGUGGGAAAAUGCCAGACGUGCUCCCAGUUUUAGGGCGUAUUCCUACGAAGUAGGUUCUAACAUGUUGGAUCUAAAAGCACUUGAGCCAGCUUUAUGGUAUGCUACAGCGAGGUUCUACUAGCACUCAAAAUGCAACAAACGCGUGGGAGAGGCGAUUGGUGCUGCGAUUAUCGAAACCCUUAACGAUUGGUCGAAACCUUUUCGUAACCUUUUCGCCCCUCGCGACUCUUGGUUAGAACUCCCCGUUGUAAAACAGCAGGAUCUACACAGGAUCAGGCUUGGAGCAGCGAAGAGAGCUGCGAAGAGAGCUGCAGCACUCUGAUGUACACACUCA